AUGGCAGAGGACAAGAACGAGACCAGCCCGAGCGCGGAGGGUGAAAAGCCGCCGCAGGAAGCGACGCCGUCGAAACAGGAAAAAGAGGAACCGAAGGAAAGCAAGGAAGAGGAGAAGAAAGUCGAGGAGAAUGGCGAUGGUGAUAAACCGAAGGAGAACGGCGAGGAGAAACCCACGCCAGAGCCGAAGGACAUGCGGGCCAUAGUACUGAAUGGUUUCGGCGGACUAAAAAGUGUCAAGGCUUUGAGGAAGCCUGAGCCCACCCUCGCCGAAGGAGAAGUCCUCAUCCGUGUCAAAGCAUGGUAAGUUCCAUUCUGAUUUGUGUCCACGCAUUUUCCUAUUGUCCGCUACGUAUUUAUUAGCGAUUGAUCGAAUAGUUUAAUAAACGAUUGAACAGCUUAACGACCUAACCGCCUGAUAUGAAUCUCUGUGAAGCAACAUUCUGCUAGUUGGCACUUUAUCUGGCCGUUGGUUGUUCAAAUCUUGAAUAUUUUCUUUAUUCAACUGUAAUUCUAAAUGAAAAUACCUGAUAUAUUUGUUUGUUUUACACAAACGCGAAAUAUGGCAGGAUUGCUACAAAGAAUCAAUUUCAAAAAUUGGUGAAGAUACUGAUGAUCAGUUAACAAAGUUAACAAUAUUCUAUUUAGUUGAUGCGGCAUCGCGUCAGGAUUUGCAAUAAAACAUGAUUAACUCACUGAUCAAUAUUGGAAUUACUAAAUUGGCUAAGAAAUAAUCAAUUCAGAAUUUUCAUAGUUAGUGGUGCCUGUUUGAGUAUUUGAAUGAUUUCUUAUAAAGCAGAAAAAAUUUGAUUAUACAUUUUGAUUUUAAUGUCUGUGCCAAAAAUUUUAUACUUUAAUUACAGUGUCAAAUACAAUCAAGUUGUAUCAGCAAUCUUUUUUUUUCUUUACUCUCUCAAUAUCUUUAGAUUCAUAUGAAUCAGAUGAAAAGAUAGAGGAAGUUUAUUCAGAUUGA